GCACUGUGGAAAUGGCUCUUGUGGAGGAUGUGCUCCUGCCCACCAACCUCACCUCCAACAAUCAGAGCAGCUGCAACGUGCACAACCACCACUUCUCAACCAAAGUCAUCUUCUCCCUUUUCUACAUCAUCCUGCUGGUGUUUGGUGCCUGUGGGAACGUCCUGGCCCUCUGUAUCACCUUCCAGCGCAGGAAGAAAAAGCUCAACUCCACCGACCUCUACCUGGUGAACCUGGCUCUCUCUGAUGCCCUCUUUACCCUGGCACUGCCAGGCAGGAUCGCCUACUACAUCCUGGAGUCUGACUGGCCCUUUGGGGACUGGUUCUGCCGGAUCACAGCUUUCAUUUUCUACAUGAACACCUACGUGAGCAUCUACUUCAUGACCGGUGUGAGCGUGGACCGCUACGUUGCUGUGGUGCGCACCAGGCACCCCGGCAGGAUUCGGAAGAUGAGCUGUGCCAGGGGCAUCUGUGUCCUCAUCUGGUCCUUGGUGUUCCUGCAGACGGCUCCGCUGCUCCUGCGGCCCAUGACGCGGAGGAUGGGAGACAAGCUGACAUGCAUGGAGUACUUCAACUUCGAGGAGAUUCCCAAUCUGCCCUACCUGCUCCUGGUGGCCUGCAUGCUUGGCUUCUUCCUGCCUGUGGGCAUCAUCUUGGUGUGCUACGUGAGGAUCAACCUCAAGCUCUGCCAGACAGCCAAGGAGAACCCGCUGACAGUGAGGAAUGGGCACCACCACCGGGCCUUCACUGUCAUCCUGCUGGUGCUGCUGGCUGUCCUGCUCUGCUUCAGUCCCUACCACCUCAACAUUGUCCAGUUCAUGGUCAGGAAGAUCCUCUACCAGCCAUCCUGCCAUGAGCAGCAAGCCUUCAAGAUGUCCCUGCAAGUCACUGUGGCGUUCAUGAACCUCAACUGCUGCAUCGACCCCAUCAUCUACUUCUUUGCCUUCCGGGGCUACAAGCGGAGGCUGCUCCGCAUCUUCAGGAACAGCGGCUCCCUGGCCACCUCCUCCACUGCCAAGACCCCCUCAGAGAGCAACAGCAACAGCCACAGCCACAGCCAGCCGCCUGGCUCCGUCUCCAUCUAG